UAUCAAGCCCCUUUUCUUCCUGUCUUCUCUCGUGGUGUGUACUUGACUCCCCUUCUCGCCAGAUCUCACAGGACUUUCAGAUUUAAGCAAUUCCUGGCCAAGAAACAAAAGCAAAAUCGUUCCAUUCCCCAGUGGAUUCAUAUCAAAACUGGUAAUAAAAUCAGGUACAACUCCAAAAGGAGACAUUGGAGAAGAACCAAGCUGGGUCUAUAAGGAAUUGCACAUGAGAUGGCACACAUAUUUAUGCUGUCUGAGCAUCACAAUCACGUUACCAUAUCAAGCUGAAAAUGUCACCACUAUCUGGACAGUUGGACAUGUUUUAUUGGGAAUAUAU